UGAGAUUCCAUCUCAAAAAAAAAAAAAAAAAGAAAGGCAAAAGAAAAAAAAAAAGAUGGCUUUCAUAUCUAAGUGAGGCUCCACCCCUUUCACGUCAUCCACAUCAACAAGAUGUUGUCUUGUGCUGAGGCUGACAGGCUCCAAACAGGCAUGCGAGGUGCCUUUGGAAAGCCCCAGGGCACUGUAGCUGGGGUUCAUACUGGCCAAGUUAUCAUGUCCACUGGCACCAAGCUGCAGAACAAGGAGCAUGUGAUUGAGGCCCUGCACAGGGCCAAGUUCAAGUUCCUUGGCCACCAGAAGAUCCACAUCUCCAAGAAGUGGGGCUUCACCAAGUUCAAUGCCAGUGAAUUUGUAGACAUGGUGGCUGAGAAGCGGCUCAUCCCAGAUGGAUGUGGGGCCAAGUACAUCCCCAAUUGUGGCCCUCUGGACAAACGGCAGGCCCUGCACUCAUGAGGGCUUCCACUGUGCUGCCCCUCUUAUACUCACCAAUAAAUUCUACUUCCUGUCAAAAACAAACAAACCAAAAGAACAAGUCACGACAAACCAACACUGUUUCUAGGGAACCACGGUAGGUAGUGGGUUGAGUGGGUGGUAGGGAAGCAGAAACAGCAGGUAUAGAUCCACAGAAGUAUUUGUUUUUGAAAAAACAUGCAUUGUGUGUCAGCAUAUGUCAGACAUUUGCUAGACAAUUGCAUGUAUUUUUUUAAAUUUGAUCAUUACUAGAACCUUAAUAAGAAAACAC